AGGUAUCUUCGCGAAGUGCUGCUGCUCUGUUGUAUUUGAAAAGCAGGUGAUAGGAUAUUUAUUGUGCGUUAGAUAAAGUUUAUAUGUUGGCCUUUUCCCACAACGUUCUUCACGCCUUUGGAUGCAGAAAACAUCUGCGAGAUUCCACUCACAGCAAACCAAUCACCAUGUGAGCUUGGAAUUUAAAAUAUCCAGCUUGACAUGCUAGUGAGUUUUAGUCAUUUCAUUAUCAUCACAUUCAACGAGAUAUUCUCUAUGAGCCUAGAGUUACUCUAACAUCAUUCUCUACUUCCAUUGUGACAGCGAAUCCACGGUAUGUACCAUAACAGCUCUCAGAAAAAAUUCUGGAUCUUCGAAAAUGAGGCCAGUCUGGAGAGGAAAAGAUUUGAAUGUAACCAGAAGUUUCGCUCGAAGACAUUGGCCAGUGGAAAGUCAUACAGCGACAAUUUCUUCCUGGACCCCCGGGAGGAGAUGGUGCUCUUUCGACACUAUGAGAAGAGGCUGCUGGACUUCUGUGCCAUGUUCAAACCUGCAAUGCCAAAAUCCGUUGUGGGUACAGCCGCCAUGUAUUUUAGGAGGUUUUACCUGAACAAUUCGCUGAUGGAGUAUCACCCAAGAAUAAUAAUGUUGACAUGCACAUACCUGGCCUGCAAAGUGGAUGAGUUCAACGUCUCCAGUACGCAGUUUGUGGGCCAGCUGCAGGACACGCCAGCAGCACAGGAGAAGGUCUUGGAGCAGAUCCUGGAGUUUGAGCUUCUACUCAUCCAACAGCUGAACUUCCACCUGGUGGUGCAUACGCCCUACAGGCCUAUGGAAGGCUUACUGAUAGACCUAAAGACUAGGUACCCACUGCUGGAGAACCCGGAGGUGCUGAGGAAGAGCGCUGAUGACUUCCUGAACCUGGCGACCAUGACUGACGCGGGGCUCCUGGCCUCCCCCUCCCAGAUCGCCCUCACCGCGGUGCUCAACAGCGCCUCUCGAGCUGGUCUCAACAUGGAGAGCUAUUUGGCAGACUGCAUGGAACUGAAAGAUGACAAGGAGACAAUGGCAAAGCUAAUGGAGACCAUGAGGAGGGUCAAACAUGUUACUAAAAAAUAUGAGCUGCCAAAAAAUGAGGAGGUUUGCGCAUGCAAGCCGAAGUUGGAAAGGAUCCAUGCAGAGUUAUCAUCUACGAACUUAAAAAGAAAACGAACAGGAUACGAAGCGGAACAUGACGUCGCUAAAAAGCCACUCGUCGCUGAGGAGGAGGUCUAUACCGAUGAUGAUGAUCUGGACUCUCUGUGAAGGCUGCAAGGUGGCCAAUGGUUUCUGAGCAGACAACACAUGGACCCUAGUUGCCUCUCUUCAGCACUGCCCUUUACCAACACAUCAAUUUUGCAUUAUCGUUUCUCCCCCCCCCCCCCCAAAUCUGCUUUCCUGUGAUCGCUAGACUCAUGAGUCUUGUAGACUUGUAUUUCUUAUUUCUGAAGAAUUAAAUAUUUUUGUUUUAAAAUA